AUGUCUGAACGUUAUGGUUUUUCGUUGACAACAUUUAGUCCAAGCGGUAAAUUAGUUCAAAUUGAAUAUGCAUUGAAUGCAGUAAAUGCCGGUUCUCCAGCUGUUGGUAUUAAAGCUAAAAAUGGUGUCGUGUUAGCUACGGAAAAAAAAUCAAAAUCAAUAUUACACGAUGAUCGAACAAUACAUAAAGUUGAAUCAAUUUGUGGAAAUAUGGGCGUAGUUUACAGUGGAAUGGGGCCAGACUUUCGAUUAUUAGUUCAAAAAGCUCGUAAAUUAGCUCAAGAAUAUAUGUUAAUUUAUGAACAAAAUGUACCACCAACUCAAUUAGUGAAACGAGUUGCCGAUGUUAUGCAAGAAUAUACACAAUCAGGUGGUGUUCGUCCGUUUGGAGUUUCAUUAUUGAUAUGUGGCUAUGAUUAUGAUGAAGACCGACCAUUUUUGUAUCAAUGUGAUCCAUCUGUAAGUAGAAAAAUACCUUGUAAGUGUAUGAAAGGUUCUUAUUUUCCUUGGAAAGCAACAGCCAUUGGUCGAAAUUUUAUUAAUGGUAAAACAUUCUUGGAAAAACGUUAUUCUGAUCAAUUAGAGUUGGAAGAUGCUGUUCAUACGGCUAUUUUAACCUUAAAAGAAUCAUUUGAAGGACAAAUGACUGAAGAUAAUAUUGAAAUUGGUAUCUGUGAUAAAGAAGGAUUUAGACGUUUAACACCAGCCGAAGUCAAAGAUUAUUUAGCUUCAAUUGGUUAA